ACAAAAACACAAAACAAUCUAUGUGACAUGUCCCAAAUUAGCAUAAGAUUCAAUUGUUGUAUUAUUUAAUUCAUACCUUUUUGCACUUAUUUGUGCGUCAACUAGGACACGCCCAUUAUGACGUGUCCGCACCGAGUCUCGUGACGGUGGUUGUUAGUUGAUAGCAUCCCGAACUCUUUUUUUCGUGUGUUUGUUUACUACAUUUUGUUCUCGCAUAUGCAAGCUUUCAAACACGUCCGACAGCCAGCUGAAUGAAGAUGUUGUCUCGUUUGCUGAAGGAGCAUCAGGCGAAGCAAAACGAGCGGAAGGAGCUGCAGGAGCGGCGCAGGCGUGAAGCUAUUUCCGCAGCCACCUGUCUCACGGAAGCCUUGGUGGACCAUCUCAACGUUGGAGUUGCCCAGGCCUACGUAAAUCAGCGCAAGCUCGACCAUGAGGUGAAAACACUCCAAGUGCAGGCUGGUCAGUUUUCCAAGCAAACUGCGCAGUGGAUCAACAUGGUGGAGGGCUUCAAUCAGGCCCUGAAGGUAAAACGUCUCUCCAUCGAUGUAAACAACACAAACCCACCCUUAAGGUGUGCUCACACUAGGCCAGUCGUACUGUGCUUGAGUCCACUUCCGUUCACACCUAAAGUCCAGAAUGUUUGGAUAGUGUGAGUGCUCUGAUCCGCGCUUGAGUUCGGUGCACGGUUGUAAGAGGUGGGCUGGGGCACAGCGCGAUUGCAUACACAUGCUGGCACAAAAUGUAGCUAGCAGAGUUGUCUUAUCUAUCGCCAGUUCUUAAUGAUAACCGACAUAAUUCAAAACAGAAAUAAACAAGAAUAUUCCCAUGAGUACAUUAGUGAGAGUAAUAAAGGCGUGUCAUUUAAUUGAUGCAAAUGGUCCUCUUGCAAGUAUCAGUGUCAGCCGGCGCAUUCCACAAGAGAAAUAUUCAGACCAUCUCAAAAUAAGACAGUAAGUCAGGGAAAUUACAGUAAUGAGUGCAGAAGUGAUAGUCAACAGACCAAAGUAUGAAUGGUAAGUGUGCGUGCAGGACAGCAGAGGGCAGUGGAAUCCAAAUGGCCAAGUGUGAGUACACCCUUAGUUGCACUGGACUCUUUUUUUAUAACAGGAAAUUGGCGACGUGGAAAACUGGGCCCGCAGUAUUGAGAUGGACAUGAGGACCGUUGCUACAGCUCUGGAGUACAUACACAAGGGCCAGCUUCAGUCAGCACCCUCUUAGAUGUGCUGAUGACACAAACAACAGGAAAACAUGAAAAGUACACAACAGUCACUGAGGGGACUGCAGAGAAACGUAGUACUACAUACUUGAACACAAAAUGAAAACCGGCAGCAACUGUUUGGUUUGACAAGCUGUUGUAUCAGUAGAAAAGGAUCCAACCUUUGACAAGUGGUGAGGACGUUUGCUUAUUUAUAAAACACUACUGAAAAACCAAACUCAAGCUGUUUUGUCUGUUUCAUGCUUUAAAGCAGUCUACUCUGCAAUCAUUCUUGUCAGUAUUAAUGAAUUGUCAAUGUACAACAAAAAAUGUAAAGUUUGUGCUGUGAUUAAUAUUUUUUUAAU